AUGACCUUUGCGAAAGAGAUUCAUACCUUCCACUCCGGCCAGCCCCAGUCCAAGACCUCCUCCUCCGCCAACACCUUCCAGUCCAUCGACCCCAGCACCGCCUCGCCGCUCGCCACCAUCUACACCUCGACGCGCCAGCAAAUCGACGACGCCGUCGCCUCGGCCCAGGCUGCCUUCCCGGCCUGGUCGCAGACGCCCGCCCCCAAGCGCGCCGCCAUCCUGCUCCGCGCCACCGCCAUCCUGCGCGAGCGCAACGAUGCCCUCGCCCUGACUGAGACGCUCGACACGGGCAAGGCCUGGUCCGAGACGUCGACCGUUGACGUCGUCACCGGCGCCGACGUCCUCGAGUACUACGCCCACAUGGUCGCCGGCAGCCAGCCCGGCCAGCACACGCGCCUCCGCAGCGACGCCUACGUUCUCACCACCCAUGAGCCGCUCGGCGUCUGCGCCGGCAUAGGUGCCUGGAACUACCCCAUUCAGAUCGCCCUCUGGAAGUCGGCGCCCUGCCUGGCGGCCGGCAACUGCAUGGUCUACAAGCCCAGCGAGGUCACCCCGCUGCACGCCAACACCCUCGCCCAGAUCUACAUGGAGGCCGGCGUGCCCCCGGGCGUCUUCAACGUCGUCUACGGCGACGGCCCCAGCGCCGGCGUGCCCCUCGUCUCCCACCCGGGCGUCGCCAAGGUCUCCUUCACCGGCCAGGUCAGCACCGGCAGCAAGGUCGCCGCCUCGGCCGCCAAGGACAUGAAGGGCAUCACCAUGGAGCUCGGCGGCAAGAGCCCCGUCGUCGUGCUCCCCGACGCCGACCCCGAGGACGCCGCCGACGUCGCCAUGGCCGCCAACUUCUUCUCCACCGGCCAGGUCUGCACCAACGGCACCCGCGUCUUCGUCCCCGACACCCUGCUGCCCGCCGUCGAAAAGGCCCUCGUCAAGCGCUGCCGCGAGGGCAUCCGCAUGGGCAUGCCCCGCGACGAGGCCACCAACUUUGGCCCCGUCGUCUCCGCUCCGCACAUGGAAAAGGUCAAGGCCUACAUCCAGCACGGCAAGGACGUCGACCGCGCCCAGGUCCUCUACGACGGCGCCGCCGAGGCCCAGAACAAGAAGCCCACGCCCAACGGCUACUGGGUGCCGCCCGUCAUCUUCACCAACUGCACCGACAACAUGCGUGUCGCCCGCGAGGAAAUUUUCGGACCCGUCAUGUGCAUCCUCCCCUACGCGGCCCGCGGCCGCACCCAGGAGCAGUGGCUCCCCGAGGUCGUCCGUCGCGCCAACGACACCCCGAUGGGCCUUGCCGCCGGCGUCGUCUCCCUCGACGUCGGCCUUGCUCAAGACGUCGUCCGCCAGCUGCAUGCCGGCAUCACCUGGAUCAACACCUGGGGCGAGUCGCCUGCCGAGAUGCCCGUCGGCGGCUGGAAGAUGAGUGGCGUCGGUCUGGAGAAUGGCGAGGAGGGCAUCCGCGCCUACAUGCGCACCAAGAGCACGCUGGUGCAGCUUGGCAAGGGUGCCUGCGCAGGCCUGUUUGCGAAGCUGUAA